AGGUGUAGUAAGUAAGUACUUACCAGUGGUAUCAAUCAUUUUUGGCUCUGUGCUCCUCCAAACCCCCCGGAGGAGAAUGAGCCUGAAAUAGAUUCUGUGCGUACUUACGACUAUUCUGGUAAGAGAAACUCUAGGACUCAAGCCCCAUUCUAUCAAAGGAACAACCCCCAAAAUACUUAAAAUCCUUUUUACAACGCAAGCAUCACUACUUUAACUUCUAGGCAAGAGCAAGAGCUGCCAGAUUUCGGUCUGGAGUAUUUACUGAGGUGGUCGGAUCUUGACGCUGCGCACAAGAACUCUUGUUUCUGCUAGUAGUAUGUAAUGUAAUGUUUGUUAUUCGAUUUUUUUUGCACCCCUCUUAUAGAGAAAUAAACCCCAAAGCUUUUUAUCCAUCACUAAAAGAGAACCAGAACAUGUUUACUGCUACCGCCGGACGAUUCUCCGGUCCGGGGUGAAAAGAAGUUCCGCACGGGACGUCGACUUGCUUUUCACUGGACGUGGAGUUGUCACUUCCUACUUUAUUUUCAGAUUCGUCGUGCGAACCGAAUCGGCGAGCACCUCGGCGAGAGCCACCUCCGCGAGGACAGUACAACUCCAUUUCGGAGUCGGUGGCAGAACAAAAUCAAAAUAGUGAUACCGACCAGGCCAGCGCCAGGGUGGAAGCGUAGUACUACGUGAAAAAAGAAUACUAUGCGGGUGAAAGUGAACAAGGCGGUUGUAAACAACGGGCGGAACAAGCUGCAGAGGCCCAGCAGCUCCACUGCCUCGGUUCAGUUGCCCAAUUCCAACAAAAAUAAAAAGGUGGCCAGGAGCAGGGCGGACAUCAAGGUGGAGGAUGAGGCCGUUGCAGCCCCACCGCGAGGACCAGACGAAGUCGUGGGAAUUAGCCCCGAUGUAGUUGCGCCGCACAAUGCCAUAUGCAUUGCAAACUAUGUAUCUGGGUCUGGAAAGAGAACAUGCAAGCUUGUAAAACUUCUAAAAAUGCAGUGGACGCUGGAUCAUGGAUCAUGAACUUGAUCGUUUUCUCUAUCGUUGCACGGCAAUCAGAAUAAUUCAAACAGAAAACUCGUGAUGUUCUGGCAUGAGCGCCAAAAGUAGGUGCCAGUAAGGUCGUUUUCGGCGCGAGAAAUUCGCUGUUUGCUUAAGGCAAACGGCGAAUUUCUGACGCGGGUGGUGCAAAAGGUGCAUGGCAAUAAACAAGUGCAAUCUUCGUUCCAGACCUAGAGAUAUUUGCAUUUGAUACGCCACGUCGUCUGUGCUCCAGAGCAGAGUAGUGGCGGAGCGGGAGUCCGUGACGUUCCCUGACGGAAUAGCAGCGUGGCACAAGGUAUUCCAGGAAGAGAUUGUCUGAGUCUUCAGCCUUUGCAUGGGACGACUCAGCAGCGUCGCAAACUCGCGAACAAGCAAGAUCAUACCAAAAUGAAUCUCUUGCUUCGUACACCAAAGAAGUACUUGAUCAUACCAAAGUGAUGCUUCAUACAGCAAUAGAAAGUCAAAAUAUUAAUAUAGAUGUCUAAAAUUGACUUUCUUGCAGCUGCUCUUGGUUGCACGUCGAGCAUGACAAAAAACUGCAUCGAGGAACUUCCAGAUUGUGACGCGUUGAGUAAACUGAGACAGUUUUUUCUUGCGAUACCACGAAGAUCCGCAGUACUACAAGCUGGAUAGCCUCUGCACCGACGACAACACCGAAGCAUCCUAUUUUCUGGAUACGGGAAUUAACCCAGACGACCCCGGGGAUCCCAAGUUGGAGUGCUAUAUGCGACGGUCGAAAUGCAGGUGCUUAUCUUCCAGAAAAAACGCUGCAGUUAGUCGUGUGCAAAAAUUACUUAUUUGUUUUUCGAGGAUAGAACAGGAGCAUCCGAAAAUUUGUGCAUUCAGCUACAAAAACGAAGCCAUGUAGUCGUGCACGGCUCCUUCAUGAUGUACUGGAAAACCCAUACGGAACUGGUUUAUGGUGCGUUUCCAGCACGGCUAGAGUUACUUAGUUUUGCAUCUACUUCUGCAGCACACACUAAAACAGUAGUUUUUCUACUCCUGCAUAAUGCUUGGGCAAGAGCUACCUCUACCCGUACGAUGUUGUCAACAGGUGGGCGCACCCUAUUAUCCCGAUGAAAAAUCCCCCACCCUGUAAAAUUCAAAAGGAGACUUCUGAUGCUGGCUUGUAUACAAAGAAACAGCAUCUUGGUGUAGGUAGCACCGGACUGCAGGAAAAAGGCCGAGCAUCCCAAAUCGCACGGGGUGCGAAAUGUCCGUGCGGAACAAGUAGUGCAAGUGCUAUAAGUCGCGCGAGUUGUUGUAAGUGGUGCAAAACAGCCUCAAGUUGCUACUUGAUGUUCUUUGCUUUUGGGUAUGUAGCAGCGUAGCUAAUGAGGCAGGCGUCUCUGGCAAAGGCGCGACCGCGCCGCAGAUUAAACACAGCAAGCUCCGGCUUUAUUCCGUGCAAGUACUACUUUUCUGCAAGGAAAAUAAGGGCACUGGUGACUUCUUUCGCAGGUGUCGUUUUUGAAGAUGGGAAGGGGAGGCUUUUGCUAAUGAUACCCGCUGGCGUCACAGACGACGAAAUGAAUACUCUGGACGACGGCAUUACUCCACGGGAAUGCUUACUCUUUUCCACCGGAGGCAAUGUUGCCGAUAUGCUUGCCGGGAUGUUGUACGACAGUGAAGCCAAGGUGUGCUACUACCUCGGGAGUCAUUACAGUCAUCUACCGAGUACCACCUACUACAACACAAAAUAUUUUCAAGCGUUCGGUCACGAUCUCGUGAAGGUGAAAACUUCGGGCGUAGACGAAGCUGGUGUUGUCCAGUGGAAAAAUUUGCCGCCCGGUUUGUGGGGUACCGACUUCGCCUAUGGAUUGCAAAAAUGUCUGGGUCUGGAAGAUUGUGAGGCUUGUCAUGCACGAGCAUGCUUUGCAUGGGCCAUGAUGUCUGCGAUGCAUGCCCUAGCAUAACAGAUUUUCAUUUUUUGAGGGCCUCUUGAUGCCUAUUCCGCAUAACAAGUUCCCUCUCUGCGUAGCAGAAAUUAGAAUCCUUUUGCUGCUCUGUCUUGCAAUACUACAGAUUCCUUCAGAAUCCAAAGACAGCAUCACAUGUUCCAUUCUUUCCAGACCCAGACACUUUUGCAUUUGAUAUCGCCUACUUUAAGGAAACCACAAAUGCAGAAGGGACCACAACGGAGGAACCUCUUCAGGGAGGAGAGGACACAUUUUGUGUGGCACAGGAUGCGGACGGGAAGACGUACGAAAGCUGGAUAAUGUACACCAAUUAUCGCACAAAAAAAAGGUGGUAGGUCAGAACUCCUAGCUUAUAAUCUGUAACGCGGAAACAGACACACAUGCAAAUAGUCUGGUGUCACGGGCUUGCUCAUAGUAUGCUGUCCCAGGUAUCACGCAAGAGCGAUUUUCAUUAAUUGAUAGAUUUAUGUUCUUGCAUGACAUACAGCAUGAACAUCAAGAUCAACAUCAUGUUCAUGGCGUGAACGGACCUGCCAGCUUUUUCCUCUGGGAUACCAAAGUCGUAGACAAAGAAAACCACAUUCAAUGCAAAGCGCUUCUAGAGAAGAUGUGCGAAAAGUUCGACUCCGUAGACAAAUGCAACAGUAUCGUAAGGAAAAAUCCCCCGCCCUCCCAAUAUCGAAAAGGCAUGCUUUUGGAAAUUUCUGAUGCUGAUUUGUGGUCACCAAUGCCAGUCUUUUGUGUCUUGGUAGAAGGCAACUCCAACGGCUGCGCUGCAUUAUGCAAGCGGUUUGUGAUGCUGCUGGGCCUGGGGCAACAGCGUCGACGUUUGCCAUGGUUGUCGCCUACGUCAAGACCUGUCUACCCAGGCUUGGCAUAUGCCUGCAGUCCUCUACUGCAAGACAAGUGGGAUUUGUGUACUGAAAUCCAGCAUCAGAAACCUCCUCUUUUUGAUAUGGGGAGGGGGGAUUUUUCCUUUUGAUAAACAGCGACGCGUCCGCGGAAACCUGUGUCUGGACGAAAAAGGAGGGGGCCGACGCUGAGACUUGCUUCGAUUGCAAUGAUUUGAGCGGAGAUAAAUUCGGGUGCCCAGGUAUCCUAAGCAAAAACGUCCCCAUCCCAUAGCAACACAAGUCUCCAAGUUUUGGGCGCUGUGCAUGACAAGUUUCCCUCUGCAGUGUAGUGCUGGUUGGCAAGGGAACAAGCCGCAUGAGAAUAAAGCCACUUUCUUAUCCUGUUUACAGCACUACAAAUUCCAAAACACGAUUGGAAAUGCCUUUCAUGUAGCUGCGCAUUACAAAUGUUCCUGUCAGGACGCAUUUGCGUGACAACUCGGGGGUGGGGACGUUUUUACCGAGGAUACCAGGAAUCUCCGCCGGAAAAUGUGAAUUCGACGCCGAAACCAGUCUUUGCCGGCCACUUUUGGUGACCACUUCGUACUACAGUGAAAAAUGUCCCCAUCCCAUAUAGAAAAGGAAACUUGUGAUGCUGAUCUGUGGCCACAUCCACAAAUCACUUUUGUCUUGCCUACAGGGUAAAAAUGGGAACCAUGUGGCGUAUUCGACGGCCGGUCUGUCAUGCGCUUUCAACUACAACAAAUCUGUUUGCCAUGCGUAAUUGCUAGCCUUCUGCAUACACAAACAGGCCUAGAGGAUACCGCCAAGCACUUUCUGCAAGACAAAUGUGAUUUGUGUACAGCAUCAGAAACUUCCUUCUGAUAUGGGGAGGGGGAUCUUUCCUUUUGAUACUUCGAGCAGCACCACCACGACGCCUGCUCCCGAGGGCAUGUAUCCACUGGAAAUGUUUCUGGGUCUGGAUGAAGAACGCAAGUCGAAGUUUGUCAUGCUUGUCUGGCAUGACUCUUAAUUCUGUGUUGCAUGAGCAGGAAAAAAGCCGCCCCUUGCCUGUCAUGCAAAAUAAACGCAGCUUUCCCUUCAAGAAGCGAAACACACAGCACCUCAUAUUAAACUUGUCAUGAUGCUUGGCUGCGUAUAAUGAUUGCAGUGCGCCCCCUGCCAAAUUCACAGAUUUGCAUCCCAACUUCCCAGACCCAGACAUAUUUGCAAUUGAUAGCAUGAGCAUGACCACGAUUUACAUCAUCGCCGUGUCGGCCGUCGGCGCCAUCCUGAUCGGCGUGGUGUUGGUCAUUCUCUGUUUGUGUAUCCCACAGAAAAAAGCUGGAAGGGCAUAUUUGUAAUGCCAACACAAAUACACAGAAAAAUCUGCCAUGGGCGGCCUCAUAGCAUGCUAUUUAGGAUAUGCAAUACAAAUUUUUUUGUCUAUUUCUUUUCGCAUUACAAAUAUGACCUCCCAGUUUUUUUCUGUGUGAUAUUGUGCUGCGGCGGCAAGAAGAAGGGGGACCCCGACAGCAAAGCCAGCCAGGACGACAAGUCAAAAGCGGCCGCGGAGGCUGCGGGUGGCGGCGCCCGGCAAACGCGGGCGGCGUCACAGAAGCUAUCAAAUGUAAAAAUGUCUGGGUCUGGAAGAAUGCAUGUUUGUCAUGCUUGUCUGGCAUGACUCUUAAAUCUGUCAUGCACAACAUCCAAGAGCCCCAUUUCUCUGUCAUGCAGAAACGCAGUUUGUCAUGCAGAAUAGGCAACACCUAGAGGCUCAGAAACUGUUCAUGCUGAGCCAGCAUUUGCGGCCUCAUCAUGAGACGCUACCCAGCAUCACAAGUUUCCAGACCCAGACAUUUUUGCACAGGAUAGAAGCUGCCUACGGGCAACACCGGCCCAUCGCUAUCAAAAGGAAAAAUCCCCCCUCCCCAUAUCCAAACGAAGUAUCUGAUGCUGGAUUUCCUUACACAAAUCAGAGCUGUCUUGCAGUAGAGGACUGCAGGUGUGUGCCGUGCCUUAGUGCAGAGCUUUGGACGUGGACGCUUAGCAUCGCAAAUGUCUAUGCUGUAGCCCAAGCAGCAUCACAAACCGUCCGCUUAGUGCGGCGGAGACUGUAGAAUUGCAUUCUUGCAAGACAAACAAAUUUGUGGUCACAAAUCAGCAUUACAAAGAAGUACCUUUUUGAUAUGGGGAGGGGAUAUUUUUCCUUACGAUAAGCGCAGCCGCCAGCCCUAGACAAGGCGGGGAGUUUUGGCGCGAACAACAGUUUUUCCAACGCCGGCGGGGGUGAUAUGGCAUUCUCAAAUGUUACAUUCUCAACUGUUGCAACAUGAAUCUGUAAUGCAAGAGUGGCAAAAUCGAAAGGGGGAAGAUCAUUGCACCUUUUGCAUUAUACAAAUUCCGCACAGAUCAACAUUUAGGUGCUGUUUAGCCCUUCGCAAAUUUGUCAUGCGAAGCAGCCUGAUUGUGUGGGUGAUCAUCUUGCUUUUGCAUUACAAAUUCAUCAUGUAACAGUUGAGAAUGUAACAAUUGAGAACUCCAUAGGCGACGCUUUUCGCGGAGGGAGUGCAGUGGACAACUCGAAGCCCAGUGGUAUGAAAGUGGAGUCUUGAGCGUUGCAUUGACUGCUGUUACAUCAGGUUAUUGUCAUGGUGCAAGAAAUAUUAGACCAAAAGUUAAGGUGGUGAAUAUAUAAAUCUGGUCGUGACAUCAAACACCCUGCGCGCCUUGCAUUCCAGAUUUGGGACGGAUUUGAUAUUGUUCCAUGCUAUUUGGCGUACCAACGUAAGUAGACUUGUCAUGCGAAGUAGCUUGAUCAUGUGGAGGCUCGUGGUAAAAAAGAUUUUGCAUGCUGGUCGUGAAAAAUCAUGUAACAGCUCUACAGUGUAACGCUUGUGAAGAACUCCAUAGGUGGCGGCCCGGCGUCUACCUUUGCCGCACGGGUGAGCAUGGCGCAGACGCAUUUAUCACAUGCAAAUAUCGAUCUGAGUCUGGAAGGAUGCGAGCUUGUCAUGCAAACUCUGGAGCACAUGCACGCAUGUAGUUGAAAUUGAUGAAGAAAUCUCUCAUGCAUAAACAACAAAAGUCGCCCAUUUAUUGUCACCGAAAGCGGGGCUUCGUGAUGCGAGUUCGGCAUCGGCACCGAGACGCCUUGUGCUUCGCCAAUUCUGUAUUGGUCUGGAGCUUGCAUGCAAGACCAAGACCUCUUGGGGCACAGAAAAACAGCAUGACACACCUGCUCAAUUGUCCAUGCCCAGACGUAUUUGCAAUGCAUAUCAUUGAGCAGCAUGUCUUUUCAAGGAGUUUCGUUUGAUGAUGAUUCUUGGUAUAGUACACAUAUUACCAUGUUGGCACGACAACAGUUUUGUUUUAUGAAAAAUACAACAACUUCUCUUCCGAAAAUUUUAUUUUUUUACAUCAGGUACAACUACAAAUGCACAGUUUUGAGUUUAUUAACAGUAACAUAACACAAAUAAUUUUCAUGUUUUUCAAAGUUUUCAAUUUUCAAAUCCUUUGUUUUCAGUUACUUUAUUUCUUACACUUGUUUUACUUCUUUUACAUUUACAUUUUCACAAUUUUUUUUCGCAUGGGCAGUAUUUUUUUUUUCAAAAGACACACUUCUCUCCAUCAACAAUCUAGAAAGCCUUGUACGUACCCCGUGCAGGGUGAAAAAUUCCAGUUCAGAAUCCUACGCACAGUUUCUUUCCCGCGAUAGAACAAUUCGCCAAUAGAAGGUCACCCCUGCGCACCCCACAGGAGCACUUCUUUUGGCAACGCCACCUAGGAAUUGCAUUGAGGACUAGAAAUUAAUUAUCCAAAACAAAAACGUCGCAAGCGCAACAUCCUAGAAAUGUAGUACCUCAACACUAUGCUGUGCCAAAAUUAAAAGACCUAGAGCUAGACACCCAGUUGUAACAAGAAGUUCGAAAGGAACGCAGCAAAUCGAAGGAACGAGUAAGACUACAACAGCACCAAAAGGUCCAUCUUCUUGCAUUCACCCCGUCGUGCGGAGGAAGGAUUUUUCUUCAGAAGAAGCAAGUAAGUUGCACCAGUUUUGUAGCAGAAUGUUUUGUUUUUCGGGUGAAGACGAGCAAUGUCGAAUGUCAAAGCUAUGUCUAUAUGCUAAAUUUUAUCUGCAACCUGAAAAUUUCAAUUUCCAUCCGAGGGCAGUUCAUCUAAAGUGUUGCGAAAGCUCCUCCGAAACGUUAUGAAUGUAGUAGAGGACCCUCUGAGGCUGAACAGCUGUAAGUAGUUUUGCCCACCGUCCUAUAUACUUCUCCGCUCACAUCACCGCCCGCGGCAGAUGACUAGACGUCGCUUUUUCAAAAGCGUCCUCGUCCUGGCCACUUGGGUAAGUACUAAAAAAUGAAGUGUGUGGCCACCCGCGAGGCGAAGAUAUUAGACAAAAGAUGCUGAGUCUCGCCGUGGUCCUCUCGAGGACACCGCCGAGUAACUACAUGUCUAAUAUACUACUUUUACGAAUAUUAAGAUGCUACCAAGCUGCGGAUAUGAUACUAGGCUACGUAGACGUACUUGGCUUCUAUUCUUUCAUGUUGCUGCCUUCACUUUUGUAGUUCUUUUCAAAAUAUUAAAGCAAUGUUAGACAGUUGAAUAAGAGUACUUUCUUUUCGAAGCAAGAAUCGAAGUAGACCGGCCAGAAAAACGAAAGACCUGACUCAUCUACCAUUCAGAGCUGCUACUCCUCCUCUGCAGGGAAGUAGAAUUACGCAGUAUCUCUAACUAGCACCUUCACAGCACGAAAAAUGCAAACAAAAAAUGUGAACAAUAGCACCUAUUCUACCUCUACAACAUACCUAGCAGCACGGGGAACGACGACCCAGGUAGAUCUCUCCCAAGGAGGUAGUACUACUACGUGAAGAAGGUUGUCUUGACAACAAUAUUACUAAAACGGCCCUAGUAAUUAUUUCGUUAAGCAGUAGUUCUAGUUCUGGUUGAUGUCAACAUGGCGGUCGCUGUCGACGAGGAGCCCGCACCCACGAAGAGAGCACCAUGCAGAAUGCAUUUUCUGCAUUACAAAUACCUCGACGAAGAAUGGCUCUGCCGCACCAGCAACGCAGGACCAAAUAAACUAGUUCUUGCUUCGAAGAAAGUAUGUUUUAGAAAAUUGCUUAU